AUGGUUGAGGUUCAAGGUAAUGAGCUCCGUUUGGAGCAAGAUGCUUACCUUGAAGAAGUCAAUACUAUUAGCGAUGUGAAACACAAAGUGUUUGAGAAGAUUGGUGUGCCUGCUAAUCAUCAACAGAUUUCGUUUGGUGGUCGAACUUUGGAAGAUGACAAGAGUCUUGCUUUUUACUUCAUUGAGGGAGACCUCACUCUCCAUGACCUUAUUAUAAGAGCUGAGUUACAUAGGAUUGAAACUCGGUUAUGUGAAAUGGAAGAUUUGUUACGUAAGCGGGGAGCUCAAUUACAUGAGAAGGAAGGGAUUACUGAAGAUAUUGAGGACAUCUUUUCCGGUGGUCGGCUUCAGGAUGACCAGAGACAGGACGAGGAUAUAACUCUUGCCUCCCGCCAUAUGAAGAGUGACUCAACUCUCAAUUUGGUCUUCUGUCCAAAACACUUGAUAUCAUUUUCUGUGAAAGCACCAAGUGGAGAUGUAGUAAAACUCAAAGUUGAAAUUCUGUUCACGGAUGCUUUUGUCGUUGAGCAGGUUGGUCGUGACACAUUGCUGCCUUCUUCUAUUCAAAAAGAAUUCUUAUUAGAAAUGUCGCCUUCUUGUAUUGAGCUAGCUAAUACAAUCAAAGAUGUUAAAGGCAUGCUUUUUGAUAAACUAUGGAUUCCUAUUAAUCGUCAGAGUUUCGUAUAUGCUGGAAAAAAGCUGGAGGCUGACAGUAAUAUAGAGAGGCACUCCACUCUCCACAUGGUUUUUGCUCCUUCAUCAAAGUUUAUAAAGAUGAAAUUAAAUACAAUUGAUCUUCCUAUAUCAAGAUUUACUACAAUAUCUGAAAUGAAGACAAUGGCUAGAGUUAAAUUCCAAGAUCUAAUAAAGGAAGUGUUAUUCCGUGAAGUGGUGUUAGAGGAUGAGCGUCCACUAGCUGAUUAUGGCAUUACCUUGAAUGCAGAAGUAACUGUUGUCUUUGAAGCGUAA